UAUGUCAUUUACGACUUUCAAAAUCCAAACAAAAUUAUAUAAUAAUAAUAAUAAUAAUCGCAAUAAUAAUAAUAUAAUAAUAAAUAAGUCAGUGCUUUGACUAAUCUACAUUGUUAAUAUACAUUAAUAGUUUAUUGCAUGUAAAACGCAAUUCGUAUAAUAAAUGUCAAAUAUGGAUGAUGAUGACCAGUAUCAAGCAGGUUAUGAUGCUGGCUCUUUUCCUCAAGAUUUUGGAUACACCCCUUUUGAUGGCGUUGAGACUGAUGGAUCUACGAAUUUAUUAGCUGGAGAACAGAAACCUAGAAUAUUGUUGAUGGGUCUUAGAAGGAGUGGAAAAUCAUCCAUACAAAAGGUUGUAUUUCACAAAAUGUCACCGAAUGAGACUCUUUUCCUCGAAAGUACAAAUAAGAUAAUAAAAGAUGACAUUAGCAAUUCAAGUUUUGUGCAAUUUCAAAUUUGGGAUUUCCCUGGCCAAAUAGACUUUUUUGAUCCUACGUUUGAUAGUGAUAUGAUUUUUGGAAGCUGUGGUGCACUAGUAUUUGUAAUAGAUGCCCAAGAUGAUUAUAUGGAAGCUCUCAAUAAACUACAUUUAACUGUCACUAAAGCAUAUAAAGUAAAUCAAGCCAUUAAAUUUGAAGUUUUUAUCCACAAAGUUGACGGAUUAUCGGACGAUUAUAAAAUGGAGACACAGAGAGAAAUUCAUACAAGAGCUAAUGAUGAUUUACUUGAUUCAAAUUAUGAUCAAAUACACUUGAGCUUCCAUUUAACGUCUAUUUACGAUCAUAGUAUUUUUGAAGCCUUCAGUAAGGUAGUACAAAAAUUAAUUCCUCAACUACCUACCUUGGAGAAUCUUUUAAACAUUCUUAUAUCGAAUUCUGGGAUUGAAAAAGCUUUUCUAUUUGACGUAGUAUCUAAGAUUUAUAUCGCAACUGACAGUUCUCCUGUCGACAUGCAAAGUUACGAGCUUUGUUGUGACAUGAUCGAUGUUGUAAUUGAUGUAUCAUGUAUUUAUGGCCUUAGAGAAGAUUUAGAAGCACCAGUGUUUGAUAAUCAAAGUUCAAGUCUCAUUAAAUUAAACAAUGGAACAAUACUUUAUUUACGAGAAGUAAAUAAAUUUCUAGCAUUGGUUUGCAUCCUCCGAGAGGAUAAUUUUGACAGGCAAGGAGUAAUUGAUUAUAAUUUCCUGUGCUUUAGAAAUGCUAUUCAACAAGUUUUUGAAUUAAAAAACAAUAAAAUUUGUAAUGUUAAUAAUGGUUCUUCGUCACCAAGAACCACUGUUAAUGAAGUAGCAAGUAGUGUGUCUCCAUCAACUACUGCUACAACAUCAACAACAAAUCCCACAGAAGUUGGGCAAAAUGGAUCAAUUAUUUUAGCACACAAUUAAUUUAUGUUUAAUCAUGUUUAUUCGAUAUAUUUUUUUCCAUUUGCUUUUGUUAAUCUUCUUUUAUAAUGUAAUUUGAUUUUAACUGCAUUUAUCAAAUUAAGAUAAUUUAUCAUAUCAUCAUG